AUGUCGACUACGAUGCUGGCGAAACGUCUGGGAAUGUACCAUGGUAUAGAACAACGUAUCCGCGCCGACUUUCGGCUCGCUCGUGUGUUGCCUACUGAACGUUUGCAUGCUCGUGACACAGUACGGCGACAUCUUGUGUUGGCGGCUCGCCUCACCCAACGCCUCGAUGCUAUGUAUAAUCUCUGGGUGUCUUCACCACAGUUAACAAAUUCUCCUCAACUCCCCAGCAGCUCAGUGGAUGCUUCGCAUCCAAUUGUCACCAACUCUACAUCAAUGGAAUUGGAUCGCUCCCACACCAAUUACGAGUUGUGUGAAACAACUACAGUUGGUUGUGAUGUCAAUGUUGAGUCAGUUACACCGACCACUUCCGAAACUUCUGCUCAGCCUCCACCUGCUUCUUCCUCGGAUUCGCCAUUGAAAGGGAGCCAUUCCACUCAGCAGCAGUCAACCAAACCGCCUCCCUUCAAUUAUCCACCGCCCACAGCUUCUAGUAUUGACCUUCUCUGCGGCAGUCUUUCUGCAUCCGCCACUCUUUUAAAUGCAUUGGCGGAAUCGCCGAACCCUCUGCUUUCCGGCUUGACGGAGCAUUUUGUCGAUGAAGGCUGUGCUGAAGAGGAGGUUUUGUUAAACGGUAAGUUGGUAGUUUUUAUUUUAUCCAUUAAUCACUUCCGAUUGUUGAUUUUGAAACAUUACCACUUUUUCGUGUGA